UGGUCUUUGUCCAAAGUCUGUGCGUGAUCUCAGAAGCUUGCCUGGGUGGCUUUAGAAACGGGGACCUCGCGGAGAAGACAAACCUCACUGACUCCCAGCAAAGCGAUCAACUCUGUCUCCCAGCAAACUUUUUCAUCAACUUUCGUGCUUUCCCCAUUGCUCUUUUAAUAUUGUCCUACGAGCUAUUUUUGUUUUUGUUGACAAUAAUAAACUUGGCAGACUUUUUUUUUUCUUGAAGAGAAAAUCUCCAAUUCCAAAACGAGGGCCCCGGACGAACAGUGAGUUUUGGAAAGUCUAGCACCGCAGAUACAGACUCCUGGAAGACAAAAACCAGCUUACUAUCAGAAACCGCUGCACAGCUUUUGCAAUUGUAAAAAGUUUCAGUAGUAUUUUAAUAGAUUCUCUUUUAGGUCCUGUAUAUUGUUUAAAUUCCCCUCGCACUAUGGCUGGGAUCAACGUGCUAUCGCUGGUUUGGGCUUCUGCAGUGCUGGUUUGGGUUGCGGUGUGUGCCGAGCUGAAACCCAAAACUUGCACCGAAGUCAGGCUCGCCUACGGGUCGAAGGGGUUUAAUUACAAUGACGUCCCACACCAAGGAGUGAACGGUGCCCAGUUGAAGGUGUGCCCGCAGGGCUUCACGUGCUGCACCCCUGAGAUGGAGGAGAAGCUGAGCCAGCAGAGCCGCACUGACCUCCGAGCCCCAGUGACCCAGCUGAGCUCCAACCUGCAGAGCACCUUCACACAGCGCCACCGCCGCUUUGACCAAUUCUUCAAGGAGCUGCUGGACAAUGCCGAGCGCUCCCUGCACGACAUGUUCACCCGGACGUACGGAGUCAUGUACGUGCAGAACGCAGAGCUCUUCAAGCAGUUCUUCCAGGACCUGAAGCGCUACUACGUGAGCGGCGGGGUGGACCUGGAGCAGAUGCUGUCCGAGUUCUGGGCUGGGCUUCUGGAGCGCAUGUUCAAGCUGGUCAAUGUCCAGUACCAUUUCACAGAGGAGUACAUGGAGUGUGUCAGCAAGCACACUGAACAGCUCAAGCCCUUCGGAGACGUGCCUCGCAAGCUCAAACUGCAGGUCACGCGCGCCUUUGUGGCGGCAAGGACUUUCGCUCAGGGGCUUGACGUCAUUGGAGACGUGGUCGGCAAAGUGUCCGUGGUGAACGCCUCUCCGGACUGCGUGAGAGCCGCCAUGAAGAUGAUGUACUGUCCCUACUGCAGCGGGCAGGUGGCGCUCAAACCCUGCCCCAAUUACUGCCUCAACGUGAUGAAGGGAUGCCUGGCGAACCAGGCCGACCUGGACACAGAGUGGAACAAUGUCAUGGAUGCCAUGCUGAACCUGGCAGAGAGACUGGAAGGCCCCUUCAACAUUGAGGCUGUGAUGGACCCCAUUGAUGUCAAGAUCUCGGACGCCAUCAUGAACAUGCAAGAAAACAGCAUGCAGGUCUCCCAGAAGGUGUUCCAGGGGUGUGGGCAGCCUAGGCCUGCUGUUCCAGAUCGCGUCUCACGCUCGGCUCCUGAUGGCGGAUUCAAUGCCAGGUUCCGACCCUACAACCCGGAGGAGAGGCCCACUACUGCAGCGGGCACCAGCCUCGACAGACUGGUCCCUGAUGUGAAGAAGCACCUCAAGCUGGCAAAGAAGUUCUGGUCCACGCUGCCGGAGAGUGUGUGCACGGGAGAGCGGAUAAGCGCGGGAGACGAGUGCUGGAAUGGCACCGCAAAGAGCAGGUACGAUUCGGUGGUGAUGGGAAAUGGGUUAGCCAACCAGGUGGCCAACCCCGAUGUGGAGGUUGACAUCACCAAGCCGGACUUGGUGAUUCGCCGGCAGAUAAUGGUGCUGCGCCUGAUGACCAACAGGCUGAAGAGCGCCCACAACGGGCAUGACGUCACCUUCUUUGACAUGAGUGAGGAUGGCAGUGGGGAGGAGAGUGGCAGCGGGUGCGAGGGCCAGCAUUGUACGUCCGAUUUCGUCUUCACUCCCACCAUCACCAAGAACCCUCCAGUGAUUGCAAGAUCGGGUGAAGUUUCGGGGGCAGUCGGUCUGCCUCUGACCAGCUUUGUCCUGCUGCUGGGAGCUGCAGCUCUGGCCAUGCUAGUCCCUCGGAGAUAAUCUCUCUGGUGGUAGGAGGACUUUGUCGACGCAGAGAGACUGUCUUAAAGAACGUGGUCAGCACCUGGCCUUUGUUUCUGAUCUGGGGACUUGUGCUUUUUUUUUUAAUUUUUGAAACCAGUUAUUCAACGGACAUCAGCGUACUGCUUGGGGCCUCCAAACCAACCACUCAAAUUUUUUUUCAGCAUUUUGUGUGUGUGUGUGUGUGUGUGUGUGUGU